UGUCCUUCGAAAACUAUCUGCUGGUAAGCACCGGUACCUGAACGAGCCAUUUUCUGGACCAAGAUCAUUGAAAGCCAGGCGCCUGCCCUACUGUUUCGGGACGCAUGCAAUGAUGUGUCUGGCUGCAAAGGAUACGAGCGUCUACCUGACAGCCCAAACCACUUUUAUGACAUGGUUCGUGCCCAAAAUAUCCCUGCAGCUGUAGCCGAGUGCGCAGUGGAAGAGAUAGAAGCAGGACGCUUUUGUCCUGUCGAUCAAGUAUCCGUGAACCUCCCGUUAUACUACCCCAAGCUGAAGUUUCCGUCUCACGAGGCUUACGUCUACAAAUCGGAGUACUGGCUACAGCCUGGUAACCGAGAGUCCCCCGUACAUGUGGAUCACGGCAGGGUAGUCUCUUACAUCCCCCCUUGUGCAAAAUAUUGCUUCAAAGUAUGAGUGUUCUUUCCGCCGGAGACAAAAGAAAGCUCCAACUGGGGAAACAAAGGCAACUCGCACAAUCGAAUGCUGGAGGCGACCACUUCGUGCGUUUUAGUACAGCAGCCAGGUGACGUCGUCGUUCUCAACAAUCUGGUUUACCACUCUGUGCUCCUAGGCUAUCGACCUGAAACCCCGCCUAUCAACAAAUGGGGCGCAGUGUUCGGGGAUGUUAUUGUCUGCCGUGAAGAUCGUGUAGCGUCAUUUAGAUACGCAACGAAGAUAGCGUGUGGAGCACAAAAUGGUUCUGAGGCGGCGUGGACAUCCCUGUUGUCGGCAUACUGUGUGAUGGAAGGAAUGGCCUGGAUUCAUCAAACCACUCCCAAAGCGAGAAAAGCAUUCUUCGAGAAAGAAAGAAGAAAUUCAUCGCGGCGCUUCAUCUGUCUGAGUGCUCUGUCAAGAUGCAAGGAGUUGCCAUUGCGAGGUGGAGCAAAAAACGCAAGCGGGAGGAGACAAUGAAGCGGGUCCGCGCGGCGAGAAAAACCGCAGAUGCAUAGCUGGCUUAGAUAGGUGGCUUCGAUAGGACACGAACCGCUAAAUGCUACCAAAAAACAAUCUUUUCUCAAUAUACA